AUGUUUGGUAUGCACCAUGCAGAUAAUAACACCUUAUAUGGUGGCUAUGGAAAUGGGUUUGAGGGGUUGCAUGAUCUUGAGCUAGAGAAAGCAGCACCGCCGCCACCGCCGCCGCCAUUAAUGUUGUGCCAUGAUGAUUCUGAUCAUAUAAAGGAUGAUCUCCUGGAAAACAAGAAUACUGAGGCAUCAUCUGAAACUGAAGAGAGAGGAGUUGAUAAUGACAACAACAACAAUAGUAAUAAUAAUAUUUCUAAGGCACUUACAAAGGAAAUAAUUAGCCAAUAUUUCUACAUGCCAAUAACAAGGGCAGCUAAAGAACUUAACGUUGGCUUAACAUUGCUCAAGAAACGGUGCAGAGAGUUGGGCAUCCAAAGAUGGCCUCAUAGGAAGCUCAUGAGUCUCCAAACUUUAAUCAAGAAUGUGCAGGAAUUGGAAAAGGGAGGAGAUAAAAAUGAAACAAAGCUCCGAGAAGCAAUACAAAUACUAGAGCAAGAAAAGAAGUUGAUGGAAGAAAUGCCCGACCUACAACUUGAAACUAGAACAAAGAGGCUUAGGCAAGCUUGCUUUAAGGCUAACUACAAGAAAAGAAAGCUUAUCAACAACUUGAAUUAUGAUAAAAGUCCUCAAUCUUCUUCUUCUUCAGCUAGCACAUCCAUUGAUACCACUAAUUAUGGGAUUACUAAGGGUGCUGAAUAUGGAGAUGGUUUUAUGGAUGUCAUGAAUUUUUCUUUGUUUUGCUCAUGAUUUACUUUUUUCUUUCUUAAGGUGAUAAAACAUAAUUUUAGAGGGGAUAUACAUAUUUAAAUCCAUGAAAUAUUGUCUGGUUGUUAGU